CGCUGAGUAUCUUGGCUGCUAUUCGUCAGCCUCGUAUUUCGACGUGCAACACCGGGAAGGCGGCUAAGCGGCAGCUAGCGGAAGAUUGACGGAACCUUCCUCAACUAUCCUCUCUCCACCACGACACCCAUCUCUCAACACCAUUCCUAAAUAUGCUUGCAAACGGUGUUUACUAUCCUAAUUGGCGCAUCUACCGCGAUCAGCCGCCUUCAACCUUGAACUUCAAUGUCAUCUCACACGUGUUCUACGCUUUCGCUUGGGUGAAGGAAGAUGGCACAGUAUACCUUAGCGAUGAAUGGGCAGACACCCAGAUCGAUGUUCCAGGCUAUGAGGAUGUUCCUGCCGCAAAGGGGUGUUUGAACUCUCUCGCCGAGCUAAAGAAGAAGUACAACAUGCUGAAGGUAGUCCUUUCCGUUGGCGGCGGAGGUGAGGGCAGUAAGCCCUUCGCCGGGGUUGCUUGCGAUCCUGCGAAGCGUGAUCAAUUCGCGCGAUCAUCAUUGGAACUGUGCCAGCAGUUCAGUAUCGAUGGCAUUGACAUCGAUUGGGAGCAUCCCGAGAACAAGAGUCAAGGUGAAGAUUAUAUUCAGUUGCUGGCAGCACUGCGACAGUACCUCCCUGGACCUCAAUACAUCUUAACGUCUGCUCUUCCUGCCGGCGAGUGGGCGUUACAAAACAUCAAUCUGCACCAGGCUUCCUACUACCUGGACAUGAUCAAUCUUAUGGCCUACGACUACUCUGGUCCUUGGGUCAACAAGUGCGGCCACCAAGCUCAGCUCUUCACGCCAAGCUCUCCGCAUAGUCCGGAGGCGGCGAUAUCGUGCCACUCUGCUGCAGCGUACCUGCAGCGGCAGGGGGUGCCAUCCAACAAGAUUCUCAUGGGUGUACCGGCUUACGGUCGAUCCUUCACAGGUACGCGUGGUGUAGGCCACUCAUUUUCUGGUCAGGCGGGUGAGGAGGGCACGUUCGAGUACCGCGACCUGCCUCGCCCUGGAUCUGAGGAGCAUGUCGAUGAGCAGCUCGGUGCAGCUUACUGCAUGGGCGGCGAUGGUGGCUUCGUGACCUACGACAACCCUUACACGGUUAGGAUGAAGGCCAACUACGUGCGCCAAAACGGACUCGGAGGGUUAUUCUACUGGACCGGUGCGGGAGAUGCGAGCUCCAUUGACAAUAAGGAUCGCAGUCUGGUCUGGAACGGCUUCCUCGGUCUCUUCCCACAGUGAGGAUUCCCUGCGCCACAACCUUCCACCUCACAGCUAUGAGCAUCGGCGGUACAUUUUUAGACAUUGGAUACAAAAGUCAUAGCGUAGCAUAGCGACACGAGCAUAUAUUCUACUACCUGUUCGUUCUGA